AUGUCCGAUUUAUCGAAUCAUAAUACUAAUAUUAAUAUUGAAACUAGUUUAUUUAAUACAAUAUCAAAUGAACAUACACUUUUUGCUGGUACACUUCGUGAUUGGUGUGAUCCAUUAUUACAAGGACAAGAACGAAUACGAGUUCCAUUAUGUCCACGUUGUGUUACAUGUAAAUGUGAAUCAUUAAAAGAUUUACCUGAUUCAUUAAAUAAUAAAAAUCACCGAAAACAUCAUGAUCCAUCGUGUCCAAUAUUUCAUCAACAUAAACGAAUUAAAACAACAAGUCGACGACGUCUAUUUAAUAAACCAAAACGUCGUGCUAAUUCAUAUGAUUCAUCAAUAAUAUUAGAUAAUCAAAAAAGAUCAUUAAUAAAACAAGACAAUGAACAUUCAACAUCACGUAUAUCAACAUAUCAACUAAUUGAACGAAGACAAUCAACAUCAAGAAUUCCAGUGAGAAUAUCAACAACAACAACAACCACAACAACAACAUCAUCAUCAAAUGUUACAACAACAGCAAGUGAAUAUUCUCCAUCAUCUUCAAUAAAUAGUAGUCGAUCAUUAAAUAUGAAAACGAAAAUUCCACGACCAAUAUCAAAUCAAAAUUCAUUAUAUACAACAUAUCUAAAUUAUGCAAACCAAAGUUCAUCAACAAGUGAUGAAGAUUCACAUGAUUAUGAUUAUGAUAGUUUGCAGGAUGAUGCCUGUCAAACGCAAUUGACAAUGUCUAAUAAUGAAUUUUAUAAUAAGGACAUAUCAUCGAAAAAGAAAAAGAAGAAUAUUAUGAUGUUAUAUUGUACUACAAAUGGUACAAAUCAAUUAGAUAAUGUUGAUGAACAAAUGAAGAAGAAGAAAAAGAUGUCAUCAUCGUCAAAAACACAUGAUCAUAGUGAAUCAUCAUCAGACAAACGACAUCGAAAAUUUUGGCAUAGAGAAGGCCGUCAUUCAAAGUCAAAGGCAACAGGAACCUUAUCAGCACCUAUUAACGAUUUGUCAUCAACAAUUUCUUCUUCUUCAUCAUCAACAACAACAACAUCUUCAUAUUCAAAUAAUCAUUCAUCAUCAAUUGAAUUUAGAAAAAAAUCUCAUCCAUAUAGAUUAGCUUCACCUUCUCGAACAACAACUACAACACAAUAUCCUUCAUUAUCAGAUGAUUCAUUAUCUGAAAAAAGUAAACAAUUAUUUAUAAAUCAAUAUUUUUAUUCAAUAUAUGAAUUUAAAACAAUUUCAUCUGUUCAUUUAGAAUCUUUAUCAUCAUCAUCAGUAGCAUCAAUUAAAUCACCAUCAGUUUAUUUAAUUGAAUUAAAAAAUUCUAAUCGUCCAAUAAAUUCAUUUGGUUUAACAAAAACAAUAACAUAUGUUUGGAAAAGUAGUUAUCCACAAAAAAUUGAUAAUGAUUUAAAUCAUUAUCCAAAAUAUUCUGUUGAACAAGUACCACCUAUUAUUGAUCAUAAUAAACGUUUAAUACCAAUAUCAUCACGUCAUAUUACUUUACAACGUAAUAAAAUUGAUUAUUGGCAAAAUAUGGAAACAACAACAGAUUCAAUAUUAACAUCAUCAUGUCAAAAUCAUAUUGGUUCAGCAACUAAUUUACUUAUACCAGCAUUAGAUAAUCAAACAAAUGAUAUUAAACAAACAGCUAAUACAAAUGGACAUGUUAUAUCAAUAACAACAACUAAAUGUCGUCAAUCAUCUUUAUUAAAUCAAUGUCAAAAUACACAAUGGAAUAUUGAUGGCAAUGGUAAACAAUUAAGAUAUUCAAAUCUUAAAUGGUAUAGUGCUGAUCAAUUACAACAAGAUAAUCGUCUUAUAACAAAACAACGAGCAAAACGAAAACAACAACAACAACAAACAUCAGAUAGUACGACAGAUACAGGAUCAUCAAGUGAACAACAUAAUCGAUCAGCACCACCAAUUCUUCAACGUAAAAUUUUUGAAAAUAUUGUAAUGAACAAACAAAAUGAUUCCAAUUUACCUGAUUAUACUAUAUUUAAUCGUGAAAUAAGUAAUACAUCGUCGCCUAUACAACAAAAUAGUUCAUCAUCAUCAUCAUCAUCAUCAUCGUCAUCACCAUCAAAAAAUAAAAUUCAACAUUUUGAAAAAAUUCUUAAUAAACCUUCAACAUGUUCUCCAAAACGAAAAUUAAAUUCUUAUGCAAGUACAGAUGAAGAUGUUGAUGAAUUUAAUUUAGAUUAUUCAGAUGAUAUUGAUCGUUCAUUAAUAACAAUUCAAACAUAUCGUGAUAGAUUAAAUGCACGUUUACAAACUGACCAAUAUGAAACAAAUUUAACACGUCGAAGAAUAAAAUCAACGGAAUAUUCUCAAAAUACACUUGAUUCAGGUGUUGAUAUAUUAAGUGAACAAAAAAUAUUUCAAUCAAAAAUUGAUGAGCAAUAUUCAGAAGAAACAACAAAUCAAAAUGAUUUAUUUGCUUUAUCAGAUGAUUCAUUACUUGAUAUUGAAUCACCACAAAUCAAUGAUUUAUCACUUAAACCUAUAUCAAUCAUUAAUGAUCAAUCAAUAUCAUUAACCGAUGAAAGUGAUGAAGGAAAAAGUUAUUUAACAGCUAUAACAGAUUUUCCAUUAAUGAAUAAUAAAAAUGAACGUGGACCAUCAAAUACAAGUGAACAAUAUUAUUCAGCUGAAAGUGAAUUUAAUACAUCAUUAUCAUUUCAAAAUAAUGAUACAAAUCAUAUAAAUGAAAAUGAAAAUAAUAAUCAUAAUCAUAAUCAUAAUGAAAUAAAUAAUCAAAAUCAAGAAAUAAAACAAAUAUCAUCAGAGUAUUCUCAAACAUCUACAACAGAUACAAAUGUUAAAUUAUCAUCAUUUGGUAAUUGGAUUGAUCAAGUAUUUACAACAUUUCUGGCUGAAACAAAUCAACAAUCACCAUCAACAAGUCGUUCAUCAUCAAUCAUAUCCAUACAUACAUCAAUAAAUACAAUUGAUACAUCAUCGUCACAAGUUUUAACCGUUAUUGAAAAUAAUAAGAAUAAUCAAACUUUAAUAAAUAUGUCAAAAAAUUCAAUUAUUAUUGAUGAUAAUAAUCAAAUGAAUUCUUCACAUUGUCGAUCACAAUCAUGGCCAAAUGACGAACAACAACAACAAGAAGAAGGAGAAGAAGAAGAUGAGAAAAAAUUAAAAGAAAUGUCAAGUUCAAGUUGGAACAAUGAAAAUAUUGAUAUAAAUUUAUAUGAAAAUGAUUCUAAUAAUAAAAACAUUAAUUCCAUAAACGAACAAGAUGUCAAUAAACAAUCAACAUCAUUACAACUGUCAUCAAUUGAAAAUAAUGAUGAAGGUGAAUUUUUACUGUUAUAA